GCCGCGAGCAUGUGUGUCGGAUGAGAAGUGAUCCGGAGGCAAAGGAGAAACAACUGUUUUUUUUUUUACAAUCUUUCAAGUGAUUUGGGCGACGAAGAUAUUGAAGGACAGCUGCUGAAAAGGAGGGAAACUAUCUCUGCGGCAGAGUUGAUUACUAAUUUGCAAUGGGUCGUAAACGUCCAAAUUGGCGUUUCAAUGAAGCACACGUCAGUGAAGAACUCAAGAUAACUGUAGCUCUCGCCCUGAAGAAACUUAUGCAAAAUGGUGACCAAAAGGAACUGGAGUUUCCGUCAUCUCUUACCUCAGAAGAAAGGAAGUACAUCCAUUUUGUGGCUCAACAGAUGGGGUUCAAGAGCAAAAGUCGUGGGAAAGGGUCCUCACGCUACCUGACAGUCUAUAAGAAGGAAGGAUCAACCAUCAUGAGCAGUGAGGCGGUGGUGGCGCUAGCUGACUCAACCCGCUCCACUGUCCUAGGACUCCUGCAGCGGUGCCCUGUGACCAACAAGGAGAGGCAGGACCUUUUACCAGCAACAGAACGUGAUCGGCUCAUGAACCCUGAAUUAAGAGAUCUGAGCGUCCUGCGAUCCCUGGGCCGCCUUACCCCUGGCCCACCGCAGAUCCCUCCUCCUCCGAGCCUGAGCGAUCUGACAGCUGAUGCCAGGAAACUUCCCAUAUGGAACAUGAAGGAUCAGCUCCUGGCUGCCAUCCACCACAACCAGGUCAUACUGGUGUGUGGAGAGACUGGCUCAGGAAAAACAACGCAGGUACCCCAAAUGUUACUUCAGGAAGCUUCAUCCCUUGGAAAGCCUUGCCGCAUUUUUUGUACACAACCCAGGAGGAUAUCAGCCCUAACAACAGCAGAGAGAGUAGCAGCAGAACGAGGAGAGAAAGUUGGGUACACAGUAGGAUACCAGAUCAGACUGGAGAGCAAAUUGUCUCCCAAAACACUCCUGACAUUCUGUACAAAUGGUGUCCUGUUGCGGACACUCAUGGGGGGAGACUCCUCCCUAGCUAGUGUCACUCAUAUUCUUGUGGAUGAGGUACAUGAACGUGACAGGUUCACUGACUUCCUUCUGCUUGUCUUGCGGGACUGCCUUCACAAGUUCAGACAUCUGAAGCUCAUCCUUAUGUCAGCUGCUCUGGACGUCAAUCUCUAUGCCAAAUACUUCAAUAAUUGUCCUGUUAUUGAUGUUCCUGGAAGGUGCUACCCAGUCAAGGAAUACUUCUUGGAGGAUGUUUUAAAAUAUACCAACUACCAAACACCUGAAAUGUUGAAGGCGUUUAAAGAGCUAGAGCAGAGACAGAGUGGUCAGAAGACUGCAGCAGCUUGGACACAGCAGAUGUCCCAGCAGACACUAAACUUAGGGUCCAGUGCACCUGCACCAGAACCUCGAAGCAACAUCACAAGCAGUGAAUUCAACAAGGGUUCUGGAGCUGAGGUUGAUAAUACUCUGAAAGAAGAAAUGGACAAAUGCAUUCAAGAAGCUUUCCUCACUGGUGCCGAUGAAGCAUUCUCUCAGAUGAUGUACUUAAUUAUGUCGGAAAAUGUGUCUCCAGAUUAUCAGCACUCCGAAACCUGGGCAACAGCACUCAUGGUAGCCUCUGGCCGUGGGCGUGUCGACAUAGUUGAGCAGUUGCUUGCCUUAGGCUCUUCUCUCACCUUGCGAGCAGCAAACGACUGGACUGCAGCUGACUGGGCCCAGUCAACAGGACAGCAGGAGACUCUUGAUUUGUUACAUGCCUAUAGUGCCUGUGAGGGAGUUGACUUGCUAACCAUCUCAGGCAAGGGAAUGCAAAGUAGCAGCUCCUCCUCAAAUCAUGGGAAUGUCAUCAGAGGUCCCUCAACAGUGGUGCCCCUAACUGAACUUUCGCAAGAAGAAAAGCGAAUGCUGGAUGCAUACCACCACUCAUUAUCAGAGGAGGUGGCUGAUGUAGACCUGGUGUAUGCACUGUGUUACAAGAUUCACACAUCUCAGCCCCCUGGUGCAAUCCUCAUCUUCCUGCCGGGGUACGAUGAUAUUGUCAAUCUCCGUGAUCGCAUCAUAGCUGAAGAGAAGCAGUAUCUGAUUGGUGGAAAAUACUGUCUCUUUUGCCUCCACUCCAGUAUGCAGUCAAGUGACCAGAAACGUGUCUUCAAACCUUCACCAUCUGGUGUUCGCAAGAUCAUCCUCUCCACCAACAUCGCAGAAACCAGUGUUACAAUAAAUGAUGUGGUGUAUGUCAUAGAUGCUGGCAAGAUGAAAGAGGUGAGUUUUGACUCAAACUUGGGUGUGUCAUGCUUGAGAUGCGUAUGGAUAUCCCAGGCCUCAAGUCAACAGAGGAGGGGCCGGGCUGGCAGAUGUCAGCCGGGCAUCUGCUAUCACCUCUUCUCACGCAGCCGCUACAACAACAUGCAGCAUUUCCAGACCCCAGAGAUCUUGAGGACACCACUGCAGGAACUAUGUCUUCACACCAAACUUCUAGCUCCAGCCAACAUGCCUAUUGCAGAUUUUUUGGCAAGAGCACCAGAAGCACCAGCAUUUAUGGUCAUCAGAAAUGCUGUUCAGUUGCUCAAGAGUAUGGAUGCCCUAGAUGGCUGGGAGGAUGUCACAGAGUUGGGCCACCACCUGCUGGAUUUGCCGCUGCCCCCGCGCUUGGCCAAAAUGGUUAUCACAGCCACUGUUCUCAAGUGCCUUGAUCCAGUGCUCACUAUAGCUGCCUGCCUCUCAUACAAGGACCCCUUCAUACUACCGAAGCACCCAAAUGAGAAGAGAAGUGCAACUGCUGUACGCAGGAAGUUCACAUCAGGGACCUACAGUGACCACAUGGUCCUCCUGAAGGCAUUCCAAGCUUGGCAGAAGGCCUGUAGUGAAGGCUGGGAAAGAGGCUGGUGUGAGAGGAACUUUGUCUCUGGAGCCAAUAUGGAGAUGAUCCAUGGAAUGCGGUCUCAGGUACUAGCCCAGCUGAGAGGAGCAGGGUUUGUGCGAGCUCGAGGACCUGGAGACAUCAGGGAUGUAAAUAGCAACAGUGAUAAUUGGGCCAUGGUGAAGGCAGCUCUGGUGUCAGGGAUGUACCCAAAUCUCAUCAGGGUCGACCGAGAACAGUGCCAGCUGAGAACACAGAAGGAGAGCAAGGUGCGACUCCACCCUACAUCAUCCUUACUGGACAUGGCAGGAAACAACACUGAACCUCUCAGUGCUGCCCACAGAGCCCUAGUUAGCGCUUUGGCAUCAGACUGGCUAGUGUAUGAUGAAAUGGUUCGCAUAGGAGUGGUGGCCCACGUCAAAACGGUGACCCUCGUGUCUCCCCUUACAGUUCUUUUGCUAGCAGGACCAAUGCGAUUGCCCCUUGAUGCUCUGUCUGAACCAUCAAGUCGAGGCAGUGGUGAUUGCAGUAGUGACAGUGAAAGCGAAGACCGUCCCUUGGGUUUGAGUUGCCUUGUGAGAAUUGACAACUGGAUUCAGUUCUUGGGAGAUCCUCAGGCUGCACACCUCGCUCUGCAGUUGAGACACAAGUUGCAUGCAUUGAUUCUCAGGAGACUGCGUGCGCCAAAUAAGCCUCUCACUCAGGCUGAUGAGGAUGUUGUUCGUGUAGUGGCAACAGCCCUGAGUCAGGAGGAGCAAGUCCUAAGCCUGGUGCAGCCCUCAGGUGUAGGCCAGCGUCCACGGCCACUUUAUCCCCACAGCCACCCCCAUGAAGGUGGAUGGUCAGGAGGCACAUCAGAAGACUCACAGUCUAGCCGUUCCUCAUCUCGCCGCACAAGUGACACAGCAACACCAACCCUUACUCCAACAACACCCCCAGCUGGCCAGUCGCAUCCCUCAACAAGUCUCAAGUUCUUGGGUGGUAAUACCUCAGUCAAUAAAUCAGUGCCUCCUGGAACAAUUUCAAGCUCGGCUACUUCAUCUAUCAGCAGUAAUUCAGUCAAUGCCUUCCCUACAUCACAGCUUUUGCUGACAUCCAGUGCCAGUAGCAGCAUGAGUUACCCAACUUCAGGAUCUUCAACUCUGACUGCUCCCCCCAUCCCUGGUACCAAGUCCAAUGGCAACCUGCUGUUAAAUAGCACAAAUAAGACAACCACCACCUCCCCAAGUAGCCCUCACAACAGUUCUAGUGUGGCUCUUAACAUGGCAAACCAAAGUGCAAGUGGGAACAGCCAUAACAUUGCUUCUGGCGGUCGGAGCUCCACGGCCACCACAUCAUGUGCUAUUGUAAGGCCCUCUUUCUCACCUAAUGUUGGGGUGGGUGGCAUGAGUAAGCCAUGCACAAAAGAUCCAAGGGGUGGCUUAGGCAGUGGCAUGGCAGAGGGUGGGAGCAAUGGGGGCAAACCCAGGUUCUUCAUCAUCAAAGCUUCAUCAUAUAAGCAGCUUGAGGCAUCGCACCAUACAGGGCUUUGGGCCUUCACGCACAACACAGAAAAGAAAAUUAUACAAGCCUUUCAGAAUGGCCCAGUGAUCCUUGUAUUCACUCUUCAUCGUGGCAACCAAUUCAAUGGUUAUGCUCGAUUUAUUGGUGAAAAAACUGAUGAAAAGUGUCCGGAUAUUACAAAUGUUGGCCCAACUCUGGGACCACUGUACAAGAUUGACUGGGUAAAGAAAUGGAAUGUAGGUUUCCAUCAGACACGAAGGUUGUACAACCCUUAUACAGACAACAUGCAAGUCCAUAUGAGCAGAGAUGGACAGGAAGUGGAGGCCAACGUAGGAGACCAGCUAAUCAAACUUUGGGACAAGAGUGGGAGCAGCAGCACAGGUAGCAGUGGUGGCUAUAAGGGGCCCAACAGCUACAUGGUGGGCAGUGGUGGACCACCCAUCAUGCAUGACCCCCAAGGUCCCCCCCCACCACCCCGCCAUCCUCUCCAUCCACCACACCUUGGUCCUGUCCACUCUCCAUUCCACCAUCACUUUGGGAGGAACUAUGGUAAUGGCUAUGGCUAUGGUGGAGGCAGUGGCAGUGGGGGAAGUGGGGGCUGCAGUGGGGGCGGUGGGUAUCGGGGGGGCUACAGGUACGGAUACAGGCGGUAGAGGGGCAGGUAAACACUGUCAUGGCAACCAUGCAUCCAGAUGUCUUGUUGUCACAAUUUUCAAGAGAAAUAACAGAGAAGAAGGAAGGAGAUUUUGGUCUGCUUCUUGCAGCAGAAACAGAGGACUCUUGUGUGUUCCAAGCAUUUAGCACAAUAUUUAUUCUGUGAUGAUAGUUAAGAAAUAACUCCCUUUGUGCUCACAGCAUAGGAUCUGUUAACAUUUCAUUAUUAGAUAUUGUCUUAAUAAAAAAUAAUAAUAUUGAUUGGUAAGAACACAUAUAUAUCAAAUAAGGUUGGACAUACUUUUCACGUUUUGUUCUUUAGUUUAUUCUCUAUUCUGAUAUAAAAGAUAGAUAAAAAAAUGCAUUUAUGCAUUUCCUUUCUUAUAUAUACACACACACACACACACACACACACAC